GGGGGGUUAGGUUGGGGCAGGGCCCGGGGUGUUGAAUCCCAGGAAUGAUUCAGUUUCCGCCCUCGGAGCCCCGCCCCUUCCCGGCCGCCAUCUCCCAGCACCGGGAAUCUCCGCUCACCCGCUACCAUGGCAACGUCCCCCCAGAAAUCCCCCUCCACCCCAAAAUCCCCGACCCCCCGUUCGCCCCCCACCCGCAAGAAGGAGGAUUCAUUCCUAGGGAAACUGGGGGGAACCCUGGCCCGGAGGAAGAAAGCCAAGGAAGGUGAGAGCGAGGGGCCCCCGGGGGCCACAAUCCUGGGAAUCUACCCCGGGGCAGAGACUAACUAACUGCCCCUCCUCCUCCUCCUGCUGAUAACUUACUGCCCCACCCUCUGCUAAUUAACUACCCCCACUAAUUACUGCCCCACCCUCUGCUAAUUAACUGCCCCCCACUAAUUACUGCCCCACCCUCUGCUAAUUAACUACCCCCACUAAUUACUGCCCCACCCUCUGCUGAUUAAAUGCCCCUCCUCCUACUAAUCAGCCCCCUCUGAUAACUUACUGCUCCUCUCUCGGUAUCCAUCUAUCUAUGUGUACCCCAAACCUCUGUAUCCAUCUAGCCAGGGGUACUAUCUGCAUUCCACUCACCAAUCAUAUCCCUGUGCUCUGUGUCCCUCUAUCCUGGUGUACCCCAUGCUGUGUAUUCUCUGCAGGUGUACCCCAUGCUGUGUAUUCUCUGCAGGUGUACCCCAUGCUGUGUAUUCUCUGCAGGUGUACCCCAAGCUGUGUAUUCCUCUGUCCAGGUGUACCUCUGUACUCUGCUUCCCUUUCUGCAGGUGUACCCCAUGCUAUGUAUUCCCUGCAGGUGUACAGCCUUGCUUUGCAGCUCUCUACACAGGUGUACCCAGUGCUGUGCAUCCCUCUAGUAAGGUGUACCCCAUGGUGUAUCAUUACCCCCAAUCUAACCUGGGUCACUCUCCCUUGUUGCUUAAACUAAAUGAUCCUCUAACCAUAAGAUUUACUUUUCUCAAAUAAUUUUCUAGACAAGGAUAGUCAAUGGCGGACUAUAACUCCCAUAUAUUUUUGUCAACUUCUCACUUUUUUUUUGCUGUCAAAGAAUUAUGGGAGUUGUACUGCAUUUAGUAUUGGACCUCCCAAAUGCACUUGUAUAGUCUUUUCUGAAUUAAUUCCCCCUCCUUGGGGGUUAUGAAUCCUCCUGCAUGCAAACAGGUUAUAGAAUCCGUUACUCAGGUCUAUGAUUUGUGUUCUGUUUCUGGUGCCUGAGGGCGAGGAAAUUGUCUGAUGAGGCUAUCAGACUGGAUUCCUAAAGCAGGCUGUCUGCUGAUAAAAUCACUGCAACUCUACAGUAGUUUCAACAUCUGUCUGCGCUCAACCUGUCAUUUCAACAUGUUUAUUUGUUGUGUUUUUUUGUUUUUGAAUCCUUUUUUUUAUUAGGAAUGUCAGAUAAUAUUACAUACACUGAUAUCAUGCAUUGUGAAGUGUGGUAAUAUAACAAUUAAACAAGAUUACAUUAUGCAAUUUGGUAUGACAAUCGACAUUCCAAACUCAUUUUGCAAAUACAAAAUGGAAAACUAAAACCUUAAACAAUAGACCAUUUCUUGGCUUUGCUAUCCCUCCCCCCUCCCUUCAUUGGAAGAGAAGAGACCACCUGUAGUAAACAGUUGAACCACGAGAAGUCUUUAUCUCUUAGGAAAUCGGUAUCUUAUACCCUAGAGAUCAGUUUGGUCAUUAGGACUGAGAAACGGGCUCCCAAAACCUGUUUGUUCACAUAAUAAAUUAACAAAAAUGUCAGAAAAUUAAAUGUGUAAGAGUGUUGCUAGUUGACAGGACUCCCCCAUCCAUCCAACACUUAAAUAGGGGAAACAUAGAGAUACAACUAGACAUUGUCAUGGGAUAAUGUAUCAUGGGAUAGCUAUACAUUAUCAUUGGGUAAUGUGUCCUAGGAUAACUAGACAUUAUCAUGGGGUAAUGUAUCAUGGGAUAACUAUACAUUAUCAUGGAGUACCUAGACGAUAUCAUGGGGUAACUAGACGUUAUCAUGGGAUAAUAUAUCAUGGGGUAACUAGACGUUAUCAUAGGGUAAUGUAUCAUGGGAUAACUAUAAAUUAUCAUGGGGUAACUAGACAAUAUCAUGGGGUAACUAGACAUUAUCAUGGGGUAAUGUAUCAUGGGAUAACUAUACAUUAUCAUGGAGUACCUAGACGAUAUCAUGGGGUAACUAGACGUUAUCAUGGGAUAAUAUAUCAUGGGGUAACUAGACGUUAUCAUAGGGUAAUGUAUCAUGGGAUAACUAUAAAUUAUCAUGGGGUAACUAGACAUUAUCAUGGGAUAAUGUAUCAUGGGGUAACUAGACAUUAUCAUGGGAUAAUGUAUCAUGGGGUAACUAGACAUUAUCAUGGGAUAAUGUAUCAUGGGGUAACUAUACAUUUAUCAUGGAGUACCUAGACAAUAUUAUGGGGUAACUAGACAUUAUCAUAGGGUAACUAGACAUUAUCAUGGGAUAAUGUAUCAUGGGAUAACUAUACAUUAUCAUGGGGUAACUAGAUGUUAUCAUUGGAUAAUGUAUCAUGGGGUAACUAGACGUUAUCAUAGGGUAAUGUAUCAUGGGAUAACUAUACAUUUAUCAUGGAGUACCUAGACAAUAUUAUGGGGUAACUAGACAUUAUCAUGGGAUAAUGAAUCAUGGGAUAACUAGACAUUAUCAUGGGGCAACUAGACGUUAUCAUGGGAUAAUGUAUCAUGGGGUAAGUAGACGUUAUCAUAGGGUAAUGUAUCAUGGGAUAACUAUACAUUUAUCAUGGAGUACCUAGACAAUAUUAUGGGGUAACUAGACAUUAUCAUGGGAUAAUGAAUCAUGGGAUAACUAGACAUUAUCAUGGGGCAACUAGACGUUAUCAUGGGAUAAUGUAUCAUGGGGUAAGUAGACGUUAUCAUAGAUAAUGUAUCAUGGGUAACUAGACGUUAUCAUAGGGUAAUGUAUCAUGGGAUUACUAUACAUUUAUCAUAGAGUACCUAGACAAUAUCAUGGGGUAACUAGACGUUAUUAUGGGGUAACUAGACUUAUCAUGGGAUAAUGUAUCAUACGGUUACUAGACAUUAUCAUGUGAAACAUUUUGUAGAGGAUCACCCCCUUUGCUGAGAACCAUGCUGUGUACUCCAGAGUUGCCCUGAUAUAUAUAUGUGUGUGUGUGUAUGUAUGUAUGUAUGUGUGUGUGUGUAUGUGUAUAUAUAUAUAUAUAUAUAUAUAUAUAUAUAUAUAUAUAUAUAUAUUAAUCACAUACUGUAUUAACAGGCUUAAUAAUGCCUUCCUCUAGUCACUUUGUGGUUAUGGUUAUCUUAGCCGCCCUACAAUAUAUAUAGUGCUUUCUGUGGGCUGGGGUGAUGGAUUGUCAUCCAACCUCUGCGCUGGUCAUAUCCCACCUGUUGAAGCUGGUAAGAUCUCCCCCAAGAGACAUAUAAAACCUCCAGUGGUUUACUUUAUGAGUCUUACUGGAGUUCAUGCAAGGAAAACCAGUUUUGGGAUUCUGAGAUGAUCAUCAACCAAAUUGCCCCUAAAUCUAAGAUACAUUGGGGGCUCGGAAAACUAGGUUUGAAAACUGUCCUCCCCUUAUCUCCUAUCACAGAGAAGAGCCAGGAUAGAUGGGUGAUGAGUGAUUAAUACAAAUCCCUACUGAUGAAUGAUAGGUGUUGACAGGUGAAGUUACAAUAUUCAUUAUUAUUCUGGGGGACAUAAUGCAGUGGUCCCCCCAUUCCCUCACUCCAUGUGUGAAAGUAUGUAGGGGCACAGACUGACCUUUCACUUUUUUACGUGGAUGAUGGCUUCAUGUAGUAAAUAUGUGAGUCCCUUAGACCAGUGGUUCCCAACCUAGUCCUCAGGUACCUCCUAACAAUGGAGGAUUUAGAGAUUACCCAGUUGGAUCUAAGGUUUUUUUAGAAAAAAAAAAAAAAUACAACCGGGUAAUCCUUAAAUCCUGGACUAGUAGGGGGUACUUGUGGACUGGGUUGGGAACCACUGCCUUAAACCAUUCUAUUCCAUUGCCCCGUAUGUGUGGGGAUGAGGGUUAAAAUAAAUCUCUGAUGACACGUGGAUACCCCUUACUCCUUCUGGUGCCCUGCGGGGGCAUGUGUUACACACCCUGAUAGGAAGCAAAUGCUUUAACCAUAAUUUACGGAAACAUUUUUAAUAUCUUACUUCAUAAUUCUGAUAAAAUCUCACAUGUUCAAUAUGGCCAAAAGGUUUCUUUCCUCUUGGGUAAAUCUCAGUGUGCACAUCUUGGAUUAUUGUGGUCUGUGUUGAAAAGAGACGCCAUUCAGAAUGCAAGGAAUUGCUUCUUCUACGAUUAUCUGACUUUACAAUAUUCAUGGAUUAUCUAAUUAAAGGCACCGUGUACUAGUUAUAUUGCCUGGAGCCUCUUGACGUUGUCAAUACAAGAAUUAGCUGUGUUGGCAUACAAACGCUUGGAAAACAUAGUACCUAGCCCAAACUGAUCAUCAAUGGUCAAUAUCUGUUCAUUAUCAAUAGAACAUUUUGUUUAACUGAGUAUGAUGAAGCAGGGGUCUCCGCAAAUUGGUAGUUACUGAUUGCCACACCUUGCAAAGGUGAUAACCCAGUGAUAGCCCAGUCCAGCGUAUGAUACUUGUAUAAGUACAAGGUACAUUUAUGGACAAGUUCAAAUUAAAAUUCUCAAAAAUGUAUUUUCUAAUUCUGCUGAAGCCAUAAAUCAGUGUCAAAUUUAGGUUAUUCUAACUUCUAUGCAUGUUUAUAUAUUCUAUAUUUUAUCAUAUGGCAGGCAGAGACAGCUCAUUGAAGUACAAAGGUACUCUCUUGCAACUUGUGCCUAGCAGGAUAUCGGCUAGAACUCACUGACGAUGCCUGAUAAGGUUGAAACGAUCGUCUGGGGUUGCUGGAUCUCGUGUAGAGAGAGUCUGCAUUUUGGAUCUGUACUACUGCCAGUCUGAUAUGCAAAUGGCUGAUUCUUUUUGUAAUGGCACAAGAUGAGCUAAUACCAGCUUGAUAUCUAAGUGGAGACUUACCAAAGGGCAGACUACUUGAGCUAUUGUCUGUUCUGAGUACUCUUUUGCAACUUGUUUUUUGCUCUCUCGAAGUACAAAGGGGCUAACUGGCUGUCAUGGGAGAUGUAGUCCAUAUUAGUCGUAGUCCAAGGGGUUGCAUGAACCUGUGCAGUGUUUAUUUUGCGAGUGUAGCAGCCUGUUUAUCCCUCAGUAUUGGCCAUGCACUUCACCGUCUGGGGUUAGCGAUUUAUAAACCCCAUCAGAGGUAAUACAAGACUUUUUCACAGGACACGAAGUACGGGGUUUCGCACAUUGCACAGUUUGCUUUCUAAUUUCACACAUUCUGAAACGUUUCCUUUAAGAAUUUUCCAAGGUGGCAGACAAUAGAGACAUUUGUUGAAGACUCAAGUAAUGGGUUAACUGAAACAAAAUGGCCGAAAUUCACGAGGUGGGGUUUAUAAGGAACCAUCACAGCGUAUCCUUAAACACAGACAGGGAGUGCUGUGCAGAUUUAUUGACUGGAACAUUAUAUUUUUUUGUGCCAGUUAUACACCUGAUUAUUUUACUAAUUAUUAUGGUUUGGACUUAAGAAUAAUGAUUUCACAUAUUUUUUGUUUGUCGCAAGGAUUGCAGUCUUUAUUUGUAAAAAGAGGACUCCGUAAUUGACAAAAAAAAAAUCUGCUAUUUUCUUGCUAUUAAGGACUAUAUUUUUUAAGGAAAAAAACAUGGAAGGAAGGUGCUCAGACUAUGGUCACUUGUUUCCAAGGGUUAAAUUCCAUCUGCUGCAGGAAAAGCACCUUGUUAACUAAGCGCAAAGUGGCUCCCAAAAAUAGGUGAAUGAACCAGUCUGAGUCUGUUUAACCGACGGGCAGGAAUCCCUGAGCUACAGCCACGGAAAUUCACAUUUUAGAUAAAUUGGCAAAACCAUUACUCCAUGUAAUUAUUCUAUGUCCCUGUAAUUAUUAAUGUCGUCUAGGUGGGGUUAAAGGUAUUGCACAUUUUUGGCCAAUAUAGCUGAGUUUGGAAGCAGUUUGGCAUCACAUUGUGCAGGACAAACAGACAGUCUCUAUCAUUUUUGAAUGACAAUUUAAACCUGUUCUGUGCAUCAUGUCACCAGAGCAGUGGGAUCAACAGGACAUUUUGCAGAGACUUGCAUAAAGAGUGAUUAUUACCUGUGGUUCACGGACAGACACAGAAGGAUAGUUGGUCUAGCUUUCCUCUAAUUGGCUUGACAUGUAAAAGAGAUGGCAAACCUUAGCAGUUUUAUUUCCCAUUGUCUCGUGGAACAGAACGUUACUGUGUUCAUGUACAUAAAGUUCUUUUGUGAAAACACAAUUUGUUAACAUUGUGAUAUUGUGAAAAAGGGGCCUUUAUUCCUUUUGGUUCCAUCACAAUUUUCAUCUCGUUAAUGUGCGCUUGACCUACAGAUGCAUAGCAUGAAUUGUUGCACUCAAUAAAUAGCAUUCUCGUAAAUUAUAUGCCAAGGGAAAGGAUAGGUGGAAUUGAUUUUUUAAAUGAUUCAUAGAACAUAGCUGUAAUAAACCACAAAAGAAGUUACUGUUCCCAAUAGGAGAAAGCUGAGGAAGUGGAUAGGCUGGCAAGUAAAGGAGGAAUUAUUGAGGAAGAAAGAGGUUUAGAAGUUGAUGAGGGAUUGAGAAGGUGGAGGAUCUUCUGAGGGAUGGGAAGAUUGAGGGGCUGGAAAGGCACAGAGGAGAUGGAACGGCUGGUUAGUGAUGGGGAGAUGGGGCGGCUGGUUAGUGAUGGGGAGAUGGGGCCUCUGGUUAGUAAUUGGGAGAUGGAGUGGCUGGUUAGAAAUGAGGAGCUGGUUAGCAAUGGGGAGGUGGUGGGGCUGGUUAGGGAUGGGUAGGUGGAGGGGCUGGUUAAAAAUAGGAGAAGUGGAGAGGAUGGCUAGUGAUGGGAGAUGGAGGGGCUGGCAAAGGAAUAGAGGAAGUGGGGGAGCUGGUUAGUAAUGGGGAGGUGGACUGGCUGCUUGGGAAUUGAGGAGGAGGAGAGGAUGGUUUGUGAAGGGGAGAUGAAGCAGCUGGUAAGUCAGGCGCAGGUAGAGGGGAUGGUUAGUAAUGGGACAUGGAGGGGUUGGUUAGUGAUGGGGAGGUGGAGGGGCCGGUUAAAUAUGGAGGAAGUGGAGAGAAUGGUUAGUGAUGAGGAGAUGGAGGGGCUGUCUAUGAAUGGAAGAGGUGUUGGGGCUGGUUAGGAAUGGAAGAGCUGGAGGGAUAGGUGAGUGAUGGGAAGAUGGAGGGGCUGGUUAUUGAUGGGAAAUGGAGGAGCUGGAGGGAUAGGUGAGUGAUGGGGCGAUGGAGAGGCUAGUUAGUCAUUCUCAGAUAGAGAGGGUGGUUAGUGAUGGGGACAUGGAGAGGCUUGUUAAUAAUGCAGAGAUGAAGGAACUGGUUAGUGAUAGGAGAUGGAGGGGGUGGUUAGUGAUGCAAAGAUGGAGAGGCAGUUUAGGGAUGCGGAGAUGGAGGGGCUAGUUAGUGAUGCAGAGAUGGAGAGGUUGGUUACUGAUGCAGAGAUGGAGGGGCAGUUUAGGGAUGUGGAGAUGGAGGGUCUGGUUAGUAAUGCAGAGAUGGAGGGGCAGUGUAGUGAUGCGGAGAUGGAGGGGCAGUUUAGUGAUGCGGAGAUGGAGGGGCAGUUUAGGGAUGCGGAGAUGGAGGGGCAGUUUAGGGAUGCGGAGAUGGAGGGGCUGGUUAGUGAUGCAGAGAUGGAAGGGCAGUUUAGGGAUGCGGAGAUGGAGGGGCAGGUUAGGGAUGCGGAGAUGGAGGGGCAGGUUAGGGAAGCGGAGAUGGAGGGGCAGUUUAGUGAUGAGGAGAUGGAGGGGCAGUUUAGUGAUGCGGAGAUGGAGGGGCAGUUUAGUGAUGCAGAGAUGGAGGGGAUGGUUAGGGGUGCGUAGAUGGAGGGACUGGUUAGGAAUGCGGAGAUGGAAGGGCUGGUUAGGGAUGCGGAGUUGGAAGGGCUGGUUAGGGAUGCGGAGAUGGAGGGGCUGGUUAGGGAUGCGGAGAUGGAGGGGAUGGUUAGUGAUGCAGAGAUGGAGCGACUGGUUAGUGAUGCGAAGAUGGAAGGGCUGGUUAGGCGUGCGUAGAUGGAGGGACUGGUUAGGGAUGCGGAGAUGGAGGGGCUGGUUAGGGAUGCGGAGAUGGAGGGGCUGGUUAGGGAUGGGAUGGGGCGGAGAUGGUUAGGGAUGCGGAGAUGGUUAGGGAUGCGGAGAUGGAUAAGCUGGUUAGUGAUGCAGAGAUGGAGCGACUGGUUAGUGAUGCGAAGAUGGAGGGGCUGUUAGUGAUGCAGAAAAGGAGCGGCUGGUAAGUGAUGGGGAGAUAGAGGGGCUGGUUAGUGAUGCAGAGAUGGUGCGACUGGUUAGUGAUGCGAAGAUGGAGGGGCUGUUAGUGAUGCAGAAAAGGAGCGGCUGGUAAGUGAUGGGGAGAUGGAGAGACUGGUUAGUGAUGCGAAGAUGGAGCGAAUGUUAGUGAUGCGAAGAUGGAGGGGCUGUUAGUGAUGCAGAGAUGGAGGGGCUUUUAGUGAUGCAGAAAAGGAGCGGCUGGUUAGUGAUAGGGAGAUGGAAGGACUGGUUAGUGAUGGGGAGAUGGAGGGGCUGGUUCGUUAUGGAGGGGCUGGUUCGUGAUAGAGAGAUGGAGGGGCUGGUUCGUGAUAGGAAGAUGGAGGGGCUGGAUAGUGAUGAUAAGAUGGAGGGGCUGUUAGUAAUGCAGAGAUGGAGGGGCUGGUUAGUGAUGGGAAGAUGGAGGAGAUGGUUAGUGAUGUGAAGAUGGAGCGGCUGGUUAGUGAUUCAGAGAUGGAGCGGCUGGUUAGUGAUGCAGAGAUGGAGCGGCUGGUUAGUGAUGCGGAGAUGGAGCGGCUGGUUAGUGAUGCAGAGAUGGAGGGGCUGGUUAGUGAUGCGAAGAUGGAGGGGCUGGUUAGUGAUGGAGGGACUGUUAGUGAUGCAGAAAAGGAGCAGCUGGUUAGUGAUAGGGAGAUGGAAGGGCUGGUUAGUGAUGGGGAAAUGAAGGGGCUGGUUAGGGAUGCAGAGAUGGAAGGGCUGGUUCGUGAUGGAGAGAUGGAGGGGCUGGUUAGUGAUGGGAAGAGGGAGGGGCUGGUUAGUGAUGGGGAGAUGGAGCGGCUGUUUAAUGAUGUGAAGAGGAAGGAGCUCGGAAAGAAUGGAGAAGGUGGCAGGAUAAGCGAGGGAUGGAGGUGUUGCAGAUUCAGGGAGAAGGAGCAGUUGGAGUAAUAAAGAAGAUGGAGGAGCUGGCAAUGGAUAGUGGGGGUGGAGGAGAUGAUGGCAUUGUAAUGGAUGUAAGAGCUGCAUGGUUGGAGGAGCAGCCAUGGGUUAAGGAGAUGGAGGAUCUGGCAUGGUAAAGAGGAGGCAUUGAAGAAUGGAUGAGGUUAUGUGAGCUGCAGUUAUUUGUUUAACCAGCAGGGGUGCCCCUGGCAUGAGAGGAUACACAGUACUUCAUUUGUUCUGUUUCCCUUGGAUUUUUAUCUAUUUAGUUUUAUUAAGGUAGUAUUCAAGAUUUAUUCAUGACAUCAAUAAUCCAUUGCUCAGUGAUGUCAGUUUUGUAGGGUCAGUAAGCUGAGCAAUAACCGUGUCAGGACCGCAGGACCUACUUGAAAACUGGUGACCAUCUGAAUCUAGCUUUCCUGGUUUAAUACUUUGAUGAUAUUUUUAUCACACAUGUGGCAUGAGCAGUUUGCUUCAUGGUCUUGUCAUUUUGCUGUGGUGCUGUUAGCUGAAUUUUAUCACUCACUUUCCAAGGCGAGACUUUGGGUGUAAUGUUAUGUGUUUAUGCAGCGCAUGCUCCAUAGCGUUUCAAGUUUUUUUGUGUUUUUUUUUUUCUUGUCUGUGCCCUGUGAUUGGCAGCGGUCUUUUUAUCGUCCGCUGAAGAGGUUAAAAGUCUGGAUGUGCGCUCUAUCUUCCAGAUGGGCUCUUACAGUAACAGGGCUCAUGUUGUUUGGAUUAUCCCACUGCUUUGCCUUUUAUGGAAGAAACUGUGCAGAAUUAACUCCAGAUGGAAGUUUCUUGGUGACACAGCCGAGGCAGUGUUCUGCAACAGGCGUGAUUCGGCACAAGAAAAUAAAUACACAAGUUUCAAAUACGAGAAAAUGCUUUUUUUUAAAUUGUUUUUCCUACUUCUUCAUGUUUAACCCUUUAAGGUCUAAUAGCCUAUGACAUUCAAAGAGUUAAUGUAAACCUGUAAUGAAAAUAUGAACUUACCUUAAAUCGCACCAUAUACCUUGAAUAUACACCAUAGAUCACAGAGAUACAUGAUUUAAGAAAUGUUAAAUAUCAAGAUAGAUACGCCCCUCACCUCCAUUCCAGAGUCACCAUCUUGUGACACCCAUCUCUGGUCCUUUCUUUGCUUGUCCUCCAACAUGGGGGGAGUGUUAAACCACUUCUGGCACCAUAACCACUACAUCCCACUGUACUAGUUAUGGUGCUUCGUUCAAGGGGUUGUUGGUCUUUUCUGUGCUAAGACGCUGUUCCCAUUUUGAUAACCCAACCUAACCUUUUUAUUAUUACACCAAAAUACCAUAAAUAGCUAACAUUUUAUAAAGGUAUGCUAACUGUGAACCAUGGGAAUAAAUAUGUCUUAAAUACAUCUUUUUUUUUUUUUUUUGCAUUCUUUAUUUCAGCAGUGCAUAGCAUGUCUAAACAAGAGUACAGAGACAUUUUUCAUGAGUUUGAUCAACAAUAAAAUGUGUCAACAUAACAUGAAAUGUCAAGAAAUAUUGCACUUUAUUAUAGAAAAUGAAAAAUAAACAAAAGGAAGAUAGCAAGGUAAUUCCCUUUGGGAGGUCCCUUAUUAAGAACUCUGAGAACUAAUCGGGGAAGAAGAGGUUAGGCAACAGCAUGAGAAUAUGUCCCCAAAUUAGCCAAAUAAAACUAAUAGUUCCCCCACUAUAACCAUGCUAAGAUCUCCAGUCAUCCUAUGCCUUUAAUUGGCAGAGCACAGUCCACGUCCAUAAAGGAGUGCUUCAGACUUUUAGGCCCUGGUGAAAGCCAGCAGUUCAAAUCAUAAACCGGGAACAGGGCUCUCCGUGGCUUGGGGCUUGGUCUGCGUCGCCUCUAGCAUCAGUGUCACUUUUGGGGCAGGUGAGCUGAGCCGCUUGCUUCUCCGUUAUAUUGAGGCCCUCACCACCGGUAACGUUGAUUCCCGAUGGGGAUCUGGAGCCUGUAGACUGUGCGGGUACUCCUGUGGUUGAAGUGGUGCUGGUUAAGGUUUUUCUGCUUUCUAACUGCUACCAGAAUUUUUCAAAGUGUCUGUGUAGCCCGGACUCUUUAUUCGACUGUGCAUCGCAGGUGAUAGGGAGACAUGUGGUCUUUUUGCGUUGGUCGCACUGGUUGUCAGCUUGGAUGGCUUCAACUCACAUGGCUGCUAGUACUGGAUUGCCUCACACCCACCAGUGGGGGGGAAUGGGGCUCAUUAUUAUUAUUAUUAAUAAUAUUUAUAAAGUGCCGUCAGAUUCCGUAGCGCUGUUAAGUAGUUUCUUCUGGGUACCUCUGGACAGGGAUAACGGCCACCUCUCCCAACCAGGGAGCACUAGGCCGCACCCGCUACAUGGAUGUAGGAAAGCUCCCUGCAUCUCUCCAACCUCUGCGAAACAUGUCAGGUAGGUCAGGAAGCAACCGCAUCCCAAGAUUAGUCACUAUUCGUGUAGAUUGCACUUGUUAAUUUCGUCCUAGGGCAAGAUAAUGGAGGAGCUCGCUUGAGAUGCGUCUCUCCUCCAUGAAAGUCAUGCCCCGCCCCUAAUACAUAUUUCUUUACUAUUUCACUAUACAAAGGAAAAUAAAACAAUUGAAAUUGACAAAUGUUAAUAUAUUUCAGGGUUACUUACUGAAGUGAGAAUUAUUUUGAAUAAAGCCCACACACACAUAAUUAAAGUAAUUUUAUGUACAGGGUCAUCACACAUAACCUGUAGAAUUAAGAACGCAACCCUUAUUUCUUUAAUUUUUUUUAAAACUAAAAAGCAUUUGAGCAGAUAUUCUCAGCCCAUGUUUAAUACCCAGCAGUGUUUCAGUACCUGGUAUGACUCAUGCACUCUGAUGACACACUUGUCCCAUUUGUGGAUAUCAUUGCGUUCCCCUUCCACAUUAAAAAUAUCUGUUUCAUUCCUAUUUGGGCAGAAUUAAUUGGCUGAGCGUGUUGGGGGUUUUUGCUGAUGGAGCUGGACCAAUUUCACUACUUACCAUGGGAGGGUACCAGGGAACUUGCGGCACCAUAACCACUACAGUGCGCUAUAGUUGAUGUUAUGGUGCUUAGAAGGAUCCAUCUUCAUAGAACUUUAUAAAGGUGACUAUUUCAAUGUAAGAUUUGCACUUAUAUAAUUCAAUUAAUCCAACUGAAAACAUAUUUUAUUUAACAAUUUAGUAGACAUACACCAAUGAAAAUAUCUAAAAACAGCUUGCUAAAGCUGUAGAUUUCUUGACUGCAGCCGUUGCAAGCCCACCCCUUCUAACCCCGCCCAGACUUACUGCGACUCUCCAAUCACAAAAUUCCCAAUACAACUCAAUGAGAAGUAUUUUUACAAGGCAGGUGCUCUGGGCAAUAGCUGCCUCUUGAGUUUAGUUCCACUUAGCUAAACAACAAGGAAGUAACAAGACCGGUUGUGUGAUCGACAGCCAGGGUGGUUUAAGAAGGUUAAUUUAUCAAAAUUUCAAAUUUGUAUUAAAAUCUUUACUUUUUGCAAAAAGAGGACACAAACUUCACACCUAAAGUAUUUCAGCAAGAUAAAGUGUUUUAGGUGUAUGGAGAGGUUCUCUUCCUCUUCCGAUCGCUUCACUGAGUGCGCCUGCCUUCUCCUGCGAGUCGCUGAGGGGGGAGGGCUUGCCAACCCAUGAUCAUGGUUUUUUUUUUUUUUUAGAUAUGUCCUAAUGACAACAUGCUUACAAAAAUGCAUGCCUGUUUUCAUUGGCAUUAUAUGUCUACUAAAUAGUGCACUCCCUCUACCAUUAAGCAGUGAAUUUCUUCGAUUUGACAAUAUUAAUUGCAAGAUUAAAGCAAAAAUAGAUUAAGAAAAAUCCCUUACUCUGCUGUAAUAACAGCAUCAUUAUUAAUUUACUACAGUUUACUGUUCUUAAAAAAUUGAUGCCUGUCUAAAAAAAAACCCUCUUAAUAUUGAACUGACGGUCUCUAAAUAAUUUUAGACCCUCUCCCCACUGCCAUCCACAAGCAAAAUGUGUAUGUGUCUAUAUACACAUAUUGAUCUUCCCCUGUUGCAGCCUAGCUGUGAUUAGCUGAUAUAACUGCAGUAAGGAAAGCAGAAGCUCCACUGGACUUUUUGUAGCGAGCUUUACAGAUUUUGCCUUCCUCUCAGAAUAGUUCACUAAUGUUUUCUUGGGGUUAUAAAGGAAACCGAGCGCUGAUACAGCAAAGAUUAUAUUUAGAUUUCCGAAGCCAAUAAAACAACGGCUGGUGAUUUCAACUUUGUCAGCGGGACAGUAACUUUGUUACUCAGACUGCACUUGAGAGAUGAUAAAAUCUGCUUACGUACUCAACUCCGGCUGUGAUUGGAUGUAUAGAACCUUUUACUGCUCUUGUCAUAUGUGAUGAGUUAACGUUUCCAUCGGUGACAAUUGCCUGCAAAUACAGACAUGAGCGUUUAUUGCUACCUACUGUGGUAAGGUGCAUAUAAAAACUAGCACAAUAAGCAAAGAUUUUUGCAUAGAGAGAAAAGUUUGCAAUGGUAUUUUUCAUUUUAAAAAAGCAAUAAAAUCCCAAAGGUUUUCAUUUUUUAAAGAAACACUCUGGGCACCAUAACAACUUCAUCAGAAUAUAAUUGUUAUAGUGCCACGGGGUCACGUGGGCCACCUUCAGGGGUUAAACCGUUAAUGAACAGUUUAACCCCAAAGUAUUGAAGUUAGCACUGGUCAAUUCUGCUCCUUCUUCUGUCCGAGGCUUGAAUUAUGAAACCUUGGACAUGGCCGCCACUGAGAGCGCCAGUAGCUCCGCAUUCAGAAAAUGAAACAUGCGUACAUUUCUCAAGCUAUCAGUGGCUCCCAGUCUGCAGCUUACUGAUUCAAGCCUCAGACAGAAAACAAAGGAGAUGUGCAGAGCAGCUGGAUUCAACAAUUACUCUGAAGGUAAGCCAGCACCAGGGACCUCCUGGCUGCAUAACAACUUCAUUCCAAUUAAGUUGUUAUGGUGUGGGGAGUGUUCCUUUUAAGUUUUAAUUUUUUUUGUGAAUUUCUUUUUAUUCAAGGUUUUGCGUUAUUACAGAAAGAAGAAAGACAGGUGGUUAGUCCGGAGAAACACGCAGGUUUCAAAUUUUGGCAUCCCGAGCUCAUUGUCUUGAGAUACGCAGAUUUCAUAUUGUGUUUUGUUGGGUGGGGGUGUAUUAUGUGCUCAUGUGUUCCGUGCUUUAAGUGGGCUGGAUUAUUCCCCCUUUGUGGCCGAGUGUCCCCCAAGAUGUUGCCUUCUGUUCUAUGGUGGUCCCUCCCGCUCCCUCCCCAUUCCCCUUUUACUACUCGUUCGCCUCAGUCCCCCAUAGUCUGUCAGUUGGCUGCAUGUCUUGUGGACUCCUGUAUGUCGUUGUCUUUGUCAUCCAGUCUGUUAGUCGCUUGUCUGGGUGGUCAUUUCUUAGUCAAUGCAUGAGUGUCUGGAAGUCAGAAUCCAAUGUGUCCAGGUCGUCAUAUAUGUCUGUGAUCUCCCCUCUGCGUGUGAGGAGAGCUCUUCCAUCGCCCUGAGGUCCUCCAUGUGUUGGAGCCACAGGAUUAGGGGGGGUACAGUCUGUUUUCUCCAGUACAGCGGGAUCAGGCUUUUGGUUACGUUGAGUAUUCUGAUUGUCAGUGAUUUUUUUGUAUGCUGAGCUGCGGGUAGUGGUGUGGUGUAGAAGAAAAGCUGCCGGGUUCAGUUGCGGCGGUGCGUCUGAGAACCGUGUGAGGAUUGUGUGUGUAUUGUUGUCCAGUAUGGCUGGAUCUGGGGGCAGUCCCACCACAAAUGGAUGAAGGUACCCUGUUCCCCCAGCAAGUGUUGUCUAUGUUGGGGUCAUAGAUAUGGGUGAGGUGUGGGGUGCGGUACCAGCGCACCAGUACUUUGUAAGCAGUUUCCUGUGUCCCACUUGAUGUUGGUGUUCCUUUAAUUUAUGAUGCAUACCUAGUUUUCCGAGAUGUUAAUUAAUUUAACCAAGACUAUGCUGUACAGGUGUAAUGUUGGCACAUGCAUUCAUAGGGUAAUCUGGAGGUAAUACCUGGCACUUUGCACAUGCUGUAUUAUAUCUGCAGCUAUAAGGUUUGUACAAUUUUAAGUCUGCCCCUUCUAAUGUGCAUCACAGGCUGAAGCCAUGUUCCUUGUAAAUGUAUGGAGAGUGGCUCCUUUACAGAGAGCUAUGGCUUUAUUCAGAAAUAAACAUGAAUAGAGGCAGGUCAUCAAGGUGCAGUGAUUAAUGCAGUUGUGCGUGUGAAUUAACGCUUUGUGUUUCCAUUUUCACGUGUUAAAGAAUUUAGCUUGUGUAGUCGUGUGAAGGGUUAAAUGUGAUUAGAUGGACCAAGAAGUGUCUCACCGCUGGUGUAAGGAGUGUGUGUGCACCCCACGCUGGAAACCGCUGAUGGAGGCAGAAAGCAGGGAAUGGAAACAUCUGAUUUCUGAUGAUCUCAGAUUCUAACCCAAGCUCUUUUCCAGACAUUGUUUUGGCAAAUCUAAUCACUGCGUCCAGUUACAAACAGUACUGUGCGUGUCCCCCCCCCCCCUUCACUCCCAAAUUAACACAGAGAAGAUGAAAAAAGUUUUACUUCAGUACAAAUGUCAGUUAAACCACAAGUGUGAGUUUUGUUGGAUACAGAAGAAUUCCGUGAGUCAGGAUUUGGUGGAAGCGCCACUACCAUUCAAACUGGGAUUCUUUUUGGGUAAACUUAUCAGGAUCCAGCUGUCCCAGCUUAGAUGCAGAGUUUUGGUUAUUCCUCCUGUUUCAGCUUUGUGUUCUGGCUCAUUCUGGUGCAAGAUGGAAUCCCAAUCCCAAUGUCAUGUGUUUUACAGUGAGGGAAAAAAGUAUUUGAUCCUUUUGCUGAUUUUGAACAUUUGCACACCGACAAAGAAAUGAUCAGUCUAUAAUUGUAAUGCCAGGUGUAUUUUAAUAGUGAGAGACAGAAUAACAAAAAUAAAAUCCAGAAAAACGCAUGUCAAUAAGUUAUACAUUGAUUUGCAUGUCAAUGAGUGAAAUAAGUAUUUGAUCCCCCAUCAAUCAGCAAGAUUUCUGGCUCCCAGGUGUCUUUUAUACAGGUAACGAGCUGAGAUUAGGAGCACUCUCUUAAAGGGAGUCCAAAUUCUCCACCAUGGCCAAGACCAAAGAGCUGUCCAAGGAUGUCAGGAACAAGACCAUCGCAAAGCAGCUUGGUGAGAAGGUGACAAUAGUUGGUGUGAUUAUUUGCAAAUGGAAGAAACACAAAAUAGCUGUCAGUCUUUCUCGGUCUAGUGCUCCAUGCAAGAUCUCACCUCGUGGAGUUUUAAUGAACAUGAGAACGUUGAGGAAUCAGCCCAGAACUACACCGGAGGAUCUCGUUAAUAAUCUAAAGGCAGCUGGAACCAUAGUCACCAAGAAAACAAUUAGUAACACACUAUGCCGUGAAGGACUGAAAUCAUGCAGCGCCUGCAAGGUCCCCCUGCUCAAGAAAGCACAGUGCCAAUGAACAUCUGAAUGAUUAAGAGGAGACCUAGGUGAAAAUGUUGUGGUCAGAUGAGAUCAAAAUUGAGCUCUUUGGCAUCAACUCAACUUGCCGUGUUUGGAGUAGGAGGAAUGCUGCAUAUGACCCCAAGACCACCAUCCCCACUGUUAAAAAUGUAUUGCAUCUUUUAUUUUUGCUAUUUUUUUUUCAUGUUUUAAAUUUGUAUUGUUUUCACAUAUAAAGUACAGAACGAGACAACAUAUAUACUGAUAAAAUCUCUUAGACUGUGCCUUACAUUAAGCCUUACAUUAAGUUGACAAAACAGAUUUGUCAAUAUUUUGAGUCUCUCAUUUUUAAUUUUUCCUCUUAGAAACUCAAAGUCUGACUAAAUGAGACAUUAAAAUAGGCAAUGUAAUGCAAUCUAAAACAUAUAUCUAUCUAUACAAACUCACAGGAUGGGACAUUUUGGCAUGGGGACCUCCCCUUAUCUAUGAACAAUUAUUAGAACAAAAAAGAUGAGUUCUCUUCAAGUUAUUAGGGCAUUAUUAUAAUUUUCAUUUUCUGGGUAUUACAAUUUAUACAACUAAAUAAGGGAUUGAAUGUUUCGUUCCUUUUCAUUUCUGGAGAUGAAAGGCAGAUUAGUUUAAAACAAAACAAGAAUACUGUUUUGUUGUGAUAUUUGACUUUUGGCUAGUCUAGUUUGUGAAUGCAAGAGGUUAUUAUAAAAAACUAGAAUAGCUACAAUUUCUGGGGAAAUUGUGUGAAGUGUUCUUGCCUCCACCAGUAGUCUACAACUGGAGUGGCUUGAGUAACUUGUGUAAUAUUAAAAAUGAAGGCAUAGUCGCUGUUUAGAUAUUGCCCUUCAAAUUUGAGGUGGCUAGAGUGGAGUUUCAAUGAAUGUCAAUGGACGGUGUGAGUUGCAAACAAAUGGUCAUAUUGUGAAAACUAUCAGAACUAUGGCUUAGCCGUGGACAUGUUUAGUGGCAGCAGAGAUAGCUGAACGUUUUGAUAUAAGAUUUGUGUAGGUGGGCUUGAAAAUGAGGGAGUGGUGGCAGUUUAGAAAUCAUGUCCUGAUUUUUCAGCUCCCACUCUAGCUUUUGUCAGCUCCCACUCUAGUUUUGAACAUUUCGCCAUUCAUUCCUAUGGGACCAAUUUCGCCACAAAAACGACGAUAUCUCGUGAACCAUUCGGCGAAACUUUCCACAAAGUAAAAACACACUGAUCUGAAACAAUCCGCACGUUUCGGUAUGUUACUGUCUAUGUAGUGUAAAAACUGUGGGAGGAGUUAGGGUGGUAAAUUUGGCUAUAAUAAUAAGAAUAAUAUAUAUGUGAGAUAAAAUUAAGUGGUCUUGCUAUGCAAGAACACUUAAAUAAUAAUUCCUGAAAAUAAAAGAAAAAAGUAACAUCAGAAACUGUGGGUACUUAUUCUACAUGGACACUAAAUAAAUGUGUAAAUGGACUGUUAUAUUUAUGGAUCAAAAUAUUUAAGCCACUGGUUCCAGAAAACCAAAUUAUUCUUAGAUGUUUAUUUGUAAUUUCUUUUGACACGAUUCAUAAAGUCGAUCAGUAACCCAAAAAAUCUUAAUAAAAUACAUUGACUUCUGCAAUGCAGUAUAAUUAAAUAUUUAAUUCUACAUUGUAGUAUAAGAAGAUACAUUUAAUUCCGUACCGUAGUAUAUUAAGAUACAUUUAAGAGAGUGUAUACUUCCGCAAACCAAUGAUGAAACCUUACUGAUUGGUCGCAGGAGAAGAUACACUGUCUAGAAUCACGUUUAUACGCUUUAAACCGUUGCGUUCACAAGCUGCGGAGUUAUGGAGAUAUACAUACAUAUGAUAUUUGAGGUUAAGAGAAAAAUGUGGAAUUUCUGCUACAUCGCCGUUUGUCCUUUUUCCAAAUUCAGUGAUAACUGCUAAGUGCCUCGGUGAGACCGGCAGCGCGGUGUGUAUUUUUUCCGGGCAGGCAUUACCUAAUUGGCAAUGACACUGAUUGAGAAUAAAAGCACUAAUUACAUUUUCUCCUUUGUGCAGCAAAAACCUUUUAAGCAUGCAUCGUCCUGUCCAUUCAUCCUAUUUAUUUGUUACAUGAGCUAAUGUGACGGCUAAUAUUUAGUUCUUUUGAUAGAUGUAGCCGUCUGUUUCUUUUAAACUCGUUACUGAUGCGAUACUGGUGCAUUCUGAGAAUACAGCUGGAGUUUUCAUAUGUCAGAUUCUGUGUGUCCUGAUAUUUUAAACUGGACCCUUCAGACAGAAACAAACAAAAAAAAACAUUACAGGGACACUUACAGCUGGGUUUGACAUAUUGUUUUUCGUUUUUCUUUUUUAAUCCUACAUUUUGAUAUUGCAUUAAAAUUAGUGAUGCUAAAAAUGACUCUGCAACAUGAUGCUAAAAAUGACUCUUUUUUUAGUACAUUAGAUAGCAAAACAAGUACAUUAUUAUUAUUUUAUUAUUUAUAUAGCGCCAUCAGAUUCCGUAGAGCUGUACAAUGGGAUCAAAACUUACCCACAUUUGUAUUUCUAGAAUUUAAUACAAAUCCCCACAUUUUGCUAUAUCUAAAAUGAACUUUUACCAGACCAGGAAGAGACUUAGGCAAUUAUGAUAUACCGACCCAGUAUAAAUCACUGUAACUUAACCUACACAGCGCACUUAAUAUGUGUGGUGGUCUGGAGUGUCCCUUUAAUAAUAUAAACCCAUCCAGUAUAACUGUUACCUAACCUACCCAGUGCACCUAAUGUGUGGGGGAGCCUGGAGUGUCCCUUUAAUAAUAUGAACCCACCCAGUAUAACUAAUUAUAACCUAACCUACACAGUGCAUCUAAUGUGUGUGGGAGCCUGGAGUGUCCCUUUAAUAAUAUAAACCUGCCCAGUAAAACUUUAACCUAACCUACACAGUGCACCUAACGUGUGGGGGAGCCUGGAGUGUCCCUUUAGUAAUAUAAACCCACACAGUAUAACUAACUGUAACCUAACCUACACAGUGCACCUAACGAGUGUGGGAGCCUGGAGAAUAUCCUUUAAAGGACCAUUAUAGGCACCCAGACCACUUCAGCUCAAUCAAGUGGUCUGGGUGCCAGGUCCCCCUAGUUUUAACCCUGCAGCUGUAAACAUAGCAGUUCCAGAGAAACUGCUAUGUUUACAUUGAGGGUUAAUCCAGCCUCUAGUGGCUGUCUCCCGGAGCUGACGUGAGCAGGGGGAGGAGUGGUCACCAGCGCCGAGGGAGCCCGGCGCUGAAUUAAGGUAAGUGGCUGAAGGAGUUUUAAUCCCUUCAGCCUAUUAACCCUAUAGUGCCAAAAAAACGAGUUUGUUUUCCUGGCACUAUAGUGCUCCUUUAAUAUUAUAAACUCAUCCAAUAUAACUUACUGUAACUUAACCUACACAGUGCACCUAACGUGUGUGGGGACCUGGAGUGUCCCUUUAAUAAUAUAAACCCACCCAGAAUAACCAACUGUAAAGUAACCUACACAGUGCACCUAACAUGGUCGCUUGGAGGGUCCUUUAGUAAUAUAAACCCACCUAGUAUAACUAACUGUAACCUAACCUACCCAGUGCACUUAACGUGUGUGGGAGCCUGGAGUGUCCCUUUAAUAAAAUAAACCCACCCAGUAUAACUAACUGUAACCUAACCUACACAGUGCAUUUAACGUGUGUGGUAGCCUAGAGCAGUGAUGGCGAACCUAUGGCACGCAUGCCACAGGUGGCACACUGGGCCCUCUCUGUGGGCACGCGGCCAUAGGUUCGCCAUCAAUGCACCUGCCUGCCAAAAACGGCAGGUGCCUAGUCUGCUUUCUUGUCGGGAGGACCGGAAGCAGGGGGAGGGAUCUCGGAAGCAGCUCUCCUGUCCUCCCGCGAGCAAUCUGUGUGGAGCGUUGCCGCGCGUUACCAUGGCAACGCUCCACACAGCAUCACGCGGGAGGACAAGAGAGCUGCAGGACCUGUCCUACAUACUUACCACCACUGGACCACCAGGGAUGGCUGUGUUUCCCCCCUCCCUCAACCCCCCCCACCCACUCGCCGCCCUUUCACCAAAGGUAAGAAGAAGGGAGGGGGGAGAUACAGAUUUUAUAUCCUUUUUUUAUGUAUCUUUACCCCUACCUCCCCCACCACCCUUAUCCCCACACACACACAGCACCCCUACCCCCACACACAGCACCCCCCAAACACACACACAACACCACACACACAGCACUCCACACCCUUACACACAAACACAUACACUGCACCCCUAAAUGCAGUAAAUGUGUGUGUGUGUGUGUGUAUUCAGCAGUCUUUAUGUAUUCAGCAGUGUAUGUGUGUGUGUAUUCAGCAGACUGUGUGUGUAUUCAGCAGACUGUGUGUGUAUUCAGCAGACUGUGUGCGUGUAUUUAGCAGACCGUGUGUGUGUAUUCAGCAGAUCGUGUGUGUGUAUUCAGCAGACCGUGUGUGUGUAUUCAGCAGACUGUGUGUAUGUUUGUGUGUGUGUAUUUAGCUGACUGUGUAUUUAGCAGUCAGUCUGUGUGUCGGUGUGUGUAUGUAUUAAGCAGUUGGUGUGUGUAUGUAUUAAGCAGUCGGUGUGAAUGUGUUCAGCAGUCUGUGUGUAUGUAUUCCAUUUGUUGGAGAUACUAAUAAAUAUAAGCUUAAAUUGAUCUAUUUAUAUCAUUAUUUAAAAUUUGUAUCAUUAAACUCUGUUGUGUUCUUCUUUUAAAACAAAAGAUGCUAAGUAGUUCGGACAACUGUACGAGUUGUUUUUUCUAAACGUAAACCUCAGUAUUCAGGUUUAAUUGCCGUGUUGGCACUUUGAGGGGAAAAAAGUUGGCAUGUAAUGCGGUUUGGGCACUCGGGCUCAAAAAGGUUGCCAUCACUGGCCUAGAGUAUCCCUUUAAUAAUAUAAUCCCACCUAGUAGAACUGUAACCUAACCUACACAGCGCACCCAACGUGUGUGGGAGCCUUGAAUGAUUGAGCCCAUUUGUGGAUGCCAUCUUGGAGGAUAAAGAUCUGUAGGUGACUUGACCUUUGAAUCGUUACAUAUUUUAAACAUUUUACAAGCACUAUGUGUCCAUCUAUACCUACCUACAGGAGUUUGUUAAUUACAGGUUCUCUGUAAAUACUUACCGCUCCGUUUAAGGGGUUAUUCCUUUAAAUCAUAGCCUUUUUUUAUAAAAUGCUUUCAUAACUUUGCAUACUUUGUAUUACUCCAAUUACUAGAUGCCAACCAUGCAAAUUGACACCUACUUUGCGAAACACAGCCAACGGUAAAAUAAGACUAUAGAUUGAUUUAUAUGUUGUUGGUGAUUUGGUUUAAAAAAAAAAAAAGCAUUGUACAAAAGAAAAGAAAUCAAGAUAUCCUGUCGUUUAUGCCCAGUAGUGAUUGCUGAUAGUUCUCCUUUCAGAAUCCUGCUGAUGGUCCCACUGACGUUACAGCGGUCUGUACUCUGCUAUUGCUAUAACUAUUUGUACCGUAACAUGCUGAGCGGCUUGGGAGAUGUGAAUAGUGAAUUAUCUCCGACAUUAGGUAGCAGGCAUUGAUCUGUGUGCAUGAUGGAUUUUCUCGCCGGCUGCGCCAAAUGCUGCUCUCAGUGACUGCGCCGAUAGAGCUGGGGGCACCGAGAUCACAGUGAUCAGGCUGCAGUUUUUUGAGGUUCGAAAGACUGUGCUAGAUUGCAGACAGUCACCAAGUCUCCUGUGGCUCCAUAUUGAAUUAUAUCUGCAGUCAGCCAGUGUUUGCGUAGCCAGCAAGUGGGCUGUGCAAUGUGCUGAUGUCUUGCUGAGAAUAUCUGCAGGGCUGCUGCUGCCGAGAGGCCUUUACAGAGGACGCUUUAAAUUUAAUGUGCCAGGAAACAUGACAGUGACUUGGCGUGGGUACAAUGGGCUGCGGGGCGCUGUGUUCUAAAGGUAGGAGACAAUAUACUUCAUUACUGCACACUGAUGGCAAGCGUUUUGGGGUACACCUCAUUCCUGGCCCUUCAACUGGUUUUAUUUGACACCUGCCAUCAUAUCCGGUGGAUACAGGUAUCAGCAGAGGAUAAUAGGUAUUGCUGUCCAUCCACAAGUGGAGGGCCUGUGUUGGAUAUCCUCUGACAUUAUCGGGGAUAUAAUGUGAUUUAUUCGCUAAACUAAUAGUUGUAAAGAACUUACAAAAUUUAAGCCAAAAUAGCUGAAUUUGGGGGGAAAUACCAGUUGGGCUAUUUUUACAGAUCGGCUGUUUUAGGUUCAAAUGUGUGACUCCCUAUUUAGUGAAUGAUCCCCCCAGUCCACUUGUCAGUUGUGCUGACAGCAAAGUAGAAAUAAAUUCAUAUUUUUUUAUUUGUGCAUUUGCCAUCGAUUUGGCUGCAGGUAGAUGAAAUGAUUACUUCCUAUAGAGUGACACCAAGUUCUGUUAGCCGUCAGAGGUGCUAGUUUAUUAUGAUUUAAUUAUAUUCCAUCCAAUGGUAACAUCACUGUGACUUAGUGCCCUUCCCAGCUUGGAGAAUGACUUCAUAAGGGCAGACUGCCCCUCCACACAGUGUAACGCAUGUCAUGUGGGCUCUAAGAAAACAUAAUUUGUGGCGAAAAAGCAUGAAUAAAGAUAUUUUAGAAACCGUGGUAGUUUCACUCUUGAUCAAUAGUAUUUGGAAAUGUAUGCCAUAAACCUUCUGUAGGGAUAUGCACAGCACUCCCAUUGAAGGCUGUGAUUAGGAUUCUCAGGGUGAAAUAAGUCAUUUCUAGACUUUUUAGUUGUUGGGAAUUAAUAGAAAAUAAUGUUUACAUUUGAGGUGUUGUUUGUAUAUACAUGUCUGCAUACAUAUUGUGAAUGUGUUAUCUCCAUUAAGUAAAGGAUUAAUUGGAGUGGAUGAUGUCUCUUUAACUCAUUACUGAUAUGUGUCCCAGAAAAUACUUCAAAUAGUGAUUUGGGGUUUUAAACACAGAAGCCGUUAGUAGGAUUAGCGGGGUCCUGUGACGGCAAGUUUAACCCAUUUUCUCCUAUCAAUGUGUAUACCAAGCUUGAUUCCUCUAACCAUCACUCCUGUUUUGCUCCUAAGCUGGCCCUCAACCUGCAGAGAAACACAUGUAUCUAUCUGGAUGUUUGAGAGGGACUGUAAAGGAUUUCUACUCCCACCACUACACUACACCACACCACACCAAUGAUUUGUAAGACAAAGUCGGCAGUCUACUAGUGCUACCUGGAUGAAUUAGAGUGGAGGGAGUGUUCACUGGAUGGAUUAGGGUGGAGGGAUUGUUCCCUGGAUGGAUUGGGGUACAGGGCGUGCUCCCUGGAUGGAUUAGGGUGAAGAGGGUGCUCCCUGGAUGGAUUGGAGUGGAUGGAUUGUUCCCUGGGUGGAUUAGGGUGCAGGGCGUGCUCCCUGGAUGGAUUAGGGUGCAGGGCGUGCUCCCUGGAUGGAUGGUUAUAUAGAGACACUAGCACUUGACACAGUGACACUGCCAGUAAUGGGUGUAAUAUGGAGAUACCACUCCAUACUGGCCAAUCUCCUUCACUUUCACAAGCUGUGUUGCUAUUUGUGAGAGUCUGCAAAGACUAUUAUAUUCUUAGAAUUCGGAUAGUUAUUCCUUUCAGUGCAAUCAAUGGGAUCAUGUUUUGCAGUGUAAAGACCUUAGACACACUGCACUGAGAUUCCCUGACUUGCCAAAACAGGGUCUGCCAUUUUCAUCCAGGGCACUUAAACCGUUUUUACUGUUAUUCUAGAUACACAAUAAAUAUGUGUUCCUAAUAUAAUUUGUGCAGUAAAACAACAAUGCCAUAAGUGGAAAUUUGAUUCGAUCCCUAUCCAUUCCCCGGUGGGUUUUACAUUGUACGUAUCAUAAUGUAAAUUAAUGUAUCAUGUUCUGUUUUGUGGCAAUAAAUACAUACUAUUACAUUUAAAGAGACACAGGAAAUCGAAUUACUGCCAAGAUAACAUUUCCAAACUGCGUUCUCUCUCAAGCCAAGCGUCUGUAAUGUGCUUUCCCGCAUCGCUGCUGUUUCUAUAGUAUGUCUACCUGUGUUUUCAAAGUCACUUUUAAAUUCACUCUAAUUGUUUCAUUAUAUUACUAUCAUGGGGAUAAUUCUACACACGUUGCUGAUGUUGCCACUUUGAAAAGGGUUUGUUUGUGCGACGGAUUGUGUAUUUAGCUUGCCGCUGGGCAAGCAUGUGUCUGCGGCCUGAAAAUACCAGGGAAAUUACAGAAUCUUUGGGACCUUUCUGGCAGUCUAUCUGCGUUAACGGUAAAGAGAUCUGUUUAAAAUCGUUUCCUGAAAACCAAAUACUUUCAUUUAAAUCUGAAUUUCUACAGCUUAAUUAAAUUUAUUUUGAUGUUCAGUUUCCUGACUUUGUGUAUGGUACAGACAAGGAACAUGAAAAAUAGCAAGUUUGUUUUAUACCGUGUUUUAUUUAUUUAUUUUAUACAAAUAUGUGAGUAUAAGUUGAAGCUCUAUCUAUUUUUUAAUGCUCUUGCCUGGCUCUUUAAUUUGGGAAUUGGACACAGGGAAGAUUUAAUGUUUCCACUGACAUUCUUGAUUCGUGUUCGUGUCAUGCAUGCGUUCACUCUUACUCAGUGUAUUAGGCCAUUCACAUCGAACCAAAUAAUUCUUUCUCUCUCCUAGUGUCUGAACUGCAGGAGGAAGGGAUCAAUGCCAUCAAUUUACCUCUCAAUCCAAUCCCCUUCGAGCUGGACCCGGAGGAUACCAUGCUUGGUAAGUCACAAUCCCAAUAAAACUCAGCUGAAUGAUUUUCUUAUUACUAACAGAAUUUUUCUUUUCUUUGAAGAGGAAAAUGAAGUCAGAACCAUGAUUGAUCCAUAUUCAAGAAGCGAUCCUCGAUUACAAGACCUAAUGAAGGUAAAGCACAUUACCUCCCAUCACCUCAACAACAAGGAGCUUAUUUACAAAGCAGCUGAAUUGUAGUGCAUUGAUGUAGUGCAUUCAAACUGUAAAGUUUAGGCUUAAAGAGCCAAGUUGUAACUAUAGCUCGACUGAAGAACUUUUCUGAAUUGGCUACUCUUUCCUAAAUUUUGCAAUCUUCUUUUCAGUUCAUACAGUUCAAUAUUUAGUGAAUAUUGUUGACUUAGAACCCCUGGCCCCACUUUCCACCAACAUAGUAAUAUAUUAUACUGAAUGGGAUGUCGCGAUUUAGAUUUCGGCACAAUUAAUAUGUUCAGUAUAAAGUCUUACAUUUGGGAUCAGCAAUUAGCUCCUCAGUAGCCUGUAACCCACACCCCUCCAGUAUACUAAUUACAGCUCAAUACAUAUGGGGCCAUAGGAAAUAGAACAAUCAUUUGUCAGGGGUUAAUAAUACAGAAAUCACCCAAUCAAUUGAUCUUCCUGUAUUUAACAUUGUCACCUCUUAUUGUGAAAUCAAUAUUGUCACCUGUCCCUAAUUACCUCUAAUCAAUGUCAUUUUUACAUCUAGCUAGGGAAUUCAUGCUUUGCUGUCCACGGGUAACUGAUCUCUAUUUAAUGUUUAUUGUUUAACGGCCUGUCCAGUCUGUAAAUGAAUUCAUUAUUAACAUGUUGUUUUGAGACCCUUCUGUAUAAAUAUUAUUUCUAUAGAGUUAACAGGCACUUUACACGUUGCAUUAUAAUGUCAGUCUGCCACUGCAAAGGCUAGUAAGCUGCCCACUCAAAAUUAAAUCACCACAAAAAAAAACAACAAAACAUAUAAUAUAGGUAUAUACUUCUCCUUAUAGACUUUCAGGAGUAUCCAAAUUAAAAAUACAUGCAAAGUGCUGAAGCAGAUGUAGCUACAUACAAAUACAGAAAACAAAUAUAGCGUAGUAUGUGAUAUAUCAGUGGAGAUAAGAUCUAGAAUCAAGCCCAGCCACAUGUCCUACAUCCAACAAGGCGAGAUUAAUCUGCUUCAGCAUUUUGCAUGGAUUUAUAAUUCAAAUACUCCUGAAGCUCUAUAAGGAAAGUAUAUACCUAUAUAUUUAUUUUUCUUUUGUGUGGUGAUUUCAUUUUGUGUUUGUCACUUAGCGCACCUACUUGUUUAUUUAUUUGUUGGUUUUGUGGAAGCGCCUAAGUGGGGAGCAGCAUGUGCACCUGUAGAAAGUUUGCCAGUUUGUCAUCACUGAAGCGCCUAAUAUACUUAUUUAUAUUUAGUUUCACCUGUAUUGUUUGUUUGUUUAACCCUCAGAGUAUCUGUGAGUCUGCAAGAUUUCUAUAGAAUAGUAUAUAGUAUGAGUGUUCUGUGUCUGCAGGGAUAUCAGGGCUCUGUGUACUAAGUCUGCAAAUUGUAUUGUGUACACACGAUUUAGUCAAAUUCAGGGGUCGCUUUGGACGAAAAUAUUUCUUUAACAAACUUUACGUUUCUUUCCAGGUCCUAAUCGACUGGAUUAAUGAUGUUCUGGUCGGUGAGAGGAUUAUUGUGAAAGACCUGGCUGAGGACCUGUAUGAUGGGCAGGUUUUACAGAAACUUUUUGGUAAAUACAUUAAAAAAAAAUACUAACAUAGGGCCGCUGGGUACAGAUACAAAGCAUUAUACCGCAGUGUGUACUGAGAUGUAAUUUGAAUGCUGCCAUACUCUGCAGAAUGUGCUCAGUGAUUCUUUAUCUCAUACCCAAAGAUAUCUCUAUAUCCAUUCACCUCAUAUAAGUUUAUUAAUUAGCAGCAAAAUGCAUGCAGGUGAUCUAAUGCGUUAGAUUUGUGUAUGUGUGUAUGAAUAUUAGUUUGUAUACAAAUUGGUGGAUAUUUCCUUGGUCUGUGAAUCUUCAUGUAUUAAAGGUGUAUUAUUCUGUUAGUGAAUGCUCUAAUUGCUCUGUCUCAGCCAGCCAGGGAGGUUUUCUUGAGCUUCUGCUAGCUCUACAGAGCUGGCCUAGAGCACACCUGCCUUCCUCUUUUCUAAAUAAAAUUUCAGUGGAGUGUUCCUUUAAGUCUGAAAUUGUGGUAUUAUUUUUCUUCCAUCUAUAUUUAUACUUCAAUUCCAUAAAUGUGAUAUCCGAUUCUCAGGUACUUUCUUCAUUCUUGUACUUUUGGCACAUUAAAACCGUCUAACUAUUUAACAACUUGCGAAACUUGAAUGAAAUAAAAAAAAAAAUUUAAAAAGUUUUUUUUUUUAAUGUAAGGGUAAAGCACACCUGCAAAACAGACAUUUAGGUUCACCCUCAUAGUUUAUUUCCUUUGUAUCAGUAAAUUGAUAUUUGUGUGUAUUAUAGCGAUUGUGUGCAGCGCUCCUGAUAUUUCCUCUUUGAAUGUAUAAUUAAGAGGGUAGUCUGGUUUUACCCAAUACAUUUAAGUAUUUCCAAAAGAUUCAAUGUUGUUCAAGAAGUGUACUUGUGCACGUGUUUGUGUAUGCCACAAUUUAUACUAUCGCUAUUACAAUGCCUCUAGAUGGAUUUAAGACAUUACUGUGUGUUAUUGAAGUUACCAGUAACCAUAUCAGAUCAGUCAUUAUUGACCUGUAUCUGACCUUAGCUGUAAACGCUGAUCAGGCCAGAUAUGUCCAUUUGUUAUUUCCUUAGUGAGGAGGAAACGCUUAGUUCUUUAAGCACAUCGUCCAAACCUGCUGACCUUGUCCAUCCUUAAUAUGAGGAGCAUUGAUUUCCAAUGUGAAAUGGAGAUUAAUGUACUAAGUAGCAUUUUCUGUUCUUUUGAUCUUCGUGUCCUCCACUUGUGCCCAGCUGCUUGUGAUCGACACCAAUAAGCCUUCACACGUAUAGAUGCCGUGCUGGCUCUGUAAUAACUCUUUUAUUGUAGCUUGCUUCUUCUAUGCCGUGCAUUUCAAUAGUUUAUUAUAAUAACGAGGGCUUUUGUAUGAUUUCCAUCAUCCUAUGUUAAUCAGAUCAUAUAGAUAUCCAUUCAAGCAGCCGCAUACAGCAGGGCGGCUUAUGAAAAGCACGGCAAGAAAAUAAGUGAACACACACAAAAACAGCCGUACGCUUUGAUCCUGUGAGCACAAUUAUGUGUGUAGACAUCACCCUUCAACCUUGUGUGGGUGUUCAGUAUCUGUUAUUCCUUGUGAGUCUUUAAAUCUGGGAGUACUUGUGUGCCUUGCGUCCUUUCUUUCAGUGCUUGAAAUGGAAGUGUGUAAGUAAUGUGUUAAAAUCCUGUGCUUUCUUCUGUAAUGCAGAGAAGCUCGAGGGCCAGAAACUCAAUGUCGCUGAAGUCACGCAGUCGGAAAUAGCUCAGAAGCAGAAGCUGCAAACUGUGCUGGAAAAGAUCAACGAGACACUGAAACUUCCGCCCCGUGGCGUCAAGUGGAACGUUGACUGUGAGUGUGAUGCAGUGAAUGUGGCGUCUCAGUUUAGGGUAUACUCAAUGGCCACGAACGCUGCACAUUAUAAAACGUCUAGUUAGCUUGUCAGGUUCCUCGGGGUAACAUGUAUGUAGUGAAAGUGUCCAUUAUGGUGUUUUCUAAUACAGUUAUUUCUGUUUCGGCUCCAGCUGUUCAUGCCAAGUCAGUGGUGGCCAUCCUGCAUCUCUUAGUAGCCCUCUCCCAAUACUUCCGGGCUCCCAUCCGCCUUCCAGAUCACGUCUCCAUACAAGUUGUGGUUGUUCAGGUAUUUGAUAUUUUUGUCUUCAGCAAUAUCAACUGUCCAAUGAAUAUUAAUAUUUCUGUCGUAUAACUUUUUCUGAAGAGGAGUGUGAGAUCCCACAAUUACAAGGCCCACUAUGAGUUGAGAGAUGCUUUUUAUACCAACAGCUUAGCAGUAAUGAUUGUGGAGGUCAUAAUAAUUUAAGUGAAAUAACUUUUUGCCUAUACAUUUCCAACAGUUUGACCAGCACCAUGUAUAGGUUAACUAUCACUUUCUAUAAACAGAUCAAGUCAUGUUUGACAUGACAGCUUGACUUUAAGAAUAGUUUUGACAAAUUUGCUAGAUAUAUUAUGUUUUUGAGUGCAGCAUAUUUUCUUUAUUUUUAGGUAUGCCAGCUGUAUCCUGUAUUUUAAAGUUAGCACUCGAAAAUGUCCUCUCAGUGCAUUAUGCUAAAGUACUAAAAAUGUAUAGAAUUCCAUGUGAAUAAUGACCGAUUUUAGCAAGAAUCGUAUUCUAACCAUAAGUAACAGUAAAUUGUGACAAUUACAUUUAUUAUAACCGUACAAAUGUUACAUAAUAUCUACAUGACUUUAUUAUUAACUGAAUUUAGUGGCCAGAAGAAAACCUGUUAACAAUAAUUCUAAAUCUUUAAUUUAAAAUUUUCACCUUUGGUGUGUUGGUUUGUAUGAUUUCAGAAGCUGGACGGGAUGCUGCAGUCUCGCCAAAUCCAGGAGGAGAUCACGGGAGAUACGGAGUAUGUGAUCAGUGCUGUUGCCAACAGUUCUAUAAUGGGAGCCAUAUGUUAGUGAGAAAUGCGAUCGGAUUACUGAUAUUAACAAGUUCCCGGAGCAGGGAAUAUGACGCUUCAGCCAGAUAUAUAUGAUAAAAUGCAAUUUCAGGGUUUCUGUUAAAUGACAGCCAGAGGAGAGUGUUAUCCCUACAUGUUAAAUCAUUCACAGCCCACAUAUCCACCUCCUUCCCUGUGUAGCAUCUGACGUGUAAUGUUAUGUGUCUGUAAAAUCUCCUAGGAGCGGCUCAGUGAAAGGGGGGAUAUUUACUAAACUGCAAAAUGUAGUAAACUGAAAACUCAAUUGUAAAAUUUAGACAAAAAUGGCUAAUUUAGAAAAACUCUGCUAUUUUUCUAAUUGGAAGCAAUCCAUUAUACUUUACCAUCAGAGGACUAAUCAAGACUAUAAAUGGUAUUUACAGAGAUUCUGUCAAAAUAUGCAAAGUGAAGCUGACAUUUCCAUUUAGGUUUCUGUGGCCAUGGGGUGCAGUGGUGCCAUCUUCUUCCUGUAGACCUUCUUUGGCUCCUGGUACUUCAUCUACCAGGAGCUGCAUUAGUGAUGUACUCUCUUACAUGCACAAGAGCACAACACUGAGGUCUAUGGAGGAUCCUGCAGGCGCCUCAAUAGAUCAUGUCUUGUGAUAAUAAAGACGAAACCUGAAUCCCACAGCUGUCAUUUGUGAUGGCUGCUGGGAUUGGACAAACGUUUACACUUUUUUUUCAAUCUCAGGCUUGCCCGUAGGACAAAGUAGUAGUAUUUUUUGAAUUGCGUUGGAAUUUCAGUAAAUUUCCAACGCUGUCAGCAUAAGUAUUUCAGAAAGAUUCUUUGUGAAAUACUAAAAAGUCAAAGUGACACUUUAAUAAACCCCUCUAUUUGAGAAUCUUUAGACCAGAACUGUAAGAUAAAACACCAUGUAUUACAGCCAUGUUUUUAAAUACCUCUUUCCUGCAGGUGUUCUAUAAUGCAGAAGAAGACUGUAAAGAGACGGAGUUAUAGCUUGUAACCUGGUAGUUAAAUUAUAAGCCAGUUCAUUGAUAGCACUAUAUUAAAGGUUUUUGGUUACACCACAUUGCCUUUGAUGUAUAUUGUAUGCUUAGAGAUAAGACACACACUUUGCAUUAUAUAUUGCAUAUUGGUGCAUUAUGGGUACAGACACAUUACAUAGAGUAAAAAUAAAAAUAUCAUGACUUUAUAUACCUUUUUUUCCUGAAAGACUUAUAGAAAUAUAGAAACAAAGAAUGUGACGGCAGAUAAGAACCAUUCGGCCCAUCUAGUCUGCCCAAUUUUCUAAAUACUUUCAUUAGUCCCUGGCCUUAUCUUAUAGUUAGGAUAGUCUUAUGCAUAUCCCACGCAUGCUUAAACUCCUUCACUGUGUUAACCUCUACCACUUCAGCUGCAAGGCUAUUCUAUGCAUCCACUACCCUCUCUGUAAAGUAAUACUUCCUGAUAUUAUUUUUCAAAAUGUUUUAUUCUGUUAAAGAAGAGUUAAAAUGACAGAAAUAAUAUACAUUGGAAUCUUCCUAGGUUGCUGUUGUAUUACAAUUUCCUUCAUUCUCUGCUUAGAACCCUGUAACAUUCUAUCUCUCAUGUUUAUCUUCUCUUUAUUUUAGGGCAUUGUCAGGACGACACGGUAAGCUAAUAACAUCACACUUUAUUACAGUUUGAAACAGGUCUGGAGGGAUGGAGAAGUGAAGAUGCUAUUUCUAAAACUGCAAGAUAAAUAGAAAGAAAUCUCAAUGAAUCUGAGUAACAGAGCCCAUUUAAAAGGUCUAAAAUGUGCUUGUAUUUGGCAUAGAAAGAGAUAAGCACACAAAGAAGGAUCUGUACAGUGCCUCCCGCCCAGACGCGAUCACACUCCCAGGAUCAAUAGUAAAAACAUUGGACUGGUAUAAAGACCAAGGCAGAUUUAAUUUGAUAAGAAACAACAAGAUUUUGGCUUGAUAAAGGCUCAUACCAGCGCCCAAUCCAAUAAUUUGUGUUUUUGGCAUAGUCUGCACCAAUACCAAUAAAAAGAAUAACUAUAGAUUUUGGGUUUAUUUGUGUGCAACUAUGUUUAAUAUUUUUAUUAAAUGUAGAAGUUAAUUUUGUUGCAGUUAUGGUACAUUUUCUUUGGGUAAUAAUGAGUUUUUUGGAUAAGUUACUUCCCCCCUACUAACCUUUUCAUAGAAAUUACCUCUUAAUGAGUUCACAUUAUUUUACUAUGUAUCCUGCAUGAGAACAGGUGAGCGUAGCCCCGUCAUUAUCAAUGACAACAUUAAAUUAUAAUUUUAUGACCAAUGUAAAAUUAUUUUUAAUGUCUUUUUUUUCCCAUGUUUAGAGCGAGAUGCAUUUGACACUCUAUUUGAUCAUGCUCCAGACAAACUCAAUGUGGUGAAAAAGGUUUGAGAAUUUCCUUAUGAAUCCCAAUAGUAACUGUGUCAUUUUUUAUAUUUUGGUCUUUGCUGUACUUAUUUAAUGUAUCUAAACAACUGCCACCUUACUAUAUUGUACGUUUUUAAAACUGUGACAACGUGCAACAUUUCACACAGUCAGAAGCUUUGAUGAAGGAAUAGCUUUAAUAAGCGACUUUUCAGCAUUAGUAUUUUGAUGCUGAAUUAAAUCUAGAUGAUUUUUGAGGAAUCUCUUUCAUUCCUCCUCCUUAACACGCUCCGGCUUCCUUGGAUGGGUCAUCUUUCAGUCUUAUACUAUUUUUAGGAAGUGAAGCCCAGUGGAAGUCAGGGAAACAGAGGCCUUUUCAGUUUUCUUUAAAUUACUCUGCACCCGCUUUAUGUGUAAAUAAAAAUGAAUUCUGAGAACGUUCUGUCUUUAUCACUUACACGCGCCCAUUGCGCAGACUGUUUACUCCAGACCAUGGUAUUUACUAUUUCUUCUGGGUUUUUCUGUAGACUCUGAUCACAUUUGUUAACAAGCAUCUGAAUAAGCUGAAUUUGGAGGUGACAGAGCUGGAGACUCAGGUAAGAUCCGAAGAGGAUAUAAUUAGGUUGCCUGUUUGUUUAUUCCCCCCCCUGUCAAGCUUACUUGUAUAAAUCAUGUAGCCAUAGUGUCCAUAAAGACACACAGUAUUGCAAUUAAGAAUAGGAAAGUUAGAGUUACCCUGGAGACAGUUGGUAGAGGCAUUCAGAGGUAGUUACCCUGGAGACCGGCAGUAACUGCAUCCAGCGGUAGUUUCCAUAGAUACAGAAUGUGGUAGUUGCCAUAGAGAUAGGUGCUAGUGGCAUCCAGCAGUAGUUACCAUAGAGGCAGGCGGUAUUAUCAUGUAGUUAACGUAGAGACAAGAACAGUUUCCAUGUAGUGUUACAUCCAUAGAGAUGGGCAGCAUUUGUCUUACGGUGUUAACCAAUGGACAAAUCUCUCUUUGUUACAGUUUGCAGACGGAGUGUACCUCGUGCUUUUGAUGGGGCUACUGGAGGGCUACUUUGUACCCCUGUAUAAUUUCUUCUUGACUCCAGACAGCUUCGAACAGAAGGUAAAUUCCUGGAUUGGGGUUGGUUAAGAUAUGCACAUUUUACACCAGUCUCAGUUUGUCACUCACCGUGUCAGGAGCAGCUUACCUGAAACUCAACCAACUAUUUAGUGGCUUACAGUUGACAAGUUGUUUGAACUCUCCUGCCUGAGAAUGAUGUGAGCAGUUUAAUGCAAUUGGAUACUCUGGCCCUGCAGUAAUAAUAUUGUAUUUUCAAUACUCAGCGCAUUUUACUUGUACUGAGUAAAUGAAUCCCGGUGAAUUGUUUGUGUGUGAGAUUUGCAUGUUUCCCACAGAGAUAACACGUGUGACCUAUGCUAGUGUUAGUUCCUUCUUACUGCUUCCAUGAGGUAAUGAUAUACCCACCCACAGCGCAGCCAGAUAUGAAACAUACCUGCCCUCAUUACUUUUAAUAACCCCGACAUUACCAUCUAAAUUCACCAAGCCAAACCGCAAACUUACAAAAAACAACAACCUCCCAACGGUCAAAGAUUUGGUUGGGAAAGUCCUGAAUUGGGCUGCUGCACCACAGUACCAGACUUGGAGUCCUCCUUAUAAGUGCAAUGUUAGCACAACAUGGUCAUAUUUUGUUUUAUUACACACAUUACACCAGUUUGCUAGAUAUAAUAAUAACUAGAUUUAUUUAUUGAAAGAAAUUCCUGUUGGGACCCCAUGUCUUAUACUGAGAUUACUGUAAGACUUUGGGUUAGUUUGACUGUUAAAUCAACUAUGCACUUUUAACGGUGAAAAGAUCCUGAGUUAUUUCAUGGUCCGUUUUAGAUACAGAAUAUAUAAUCACAAAACAAUAUUUUGAGGAUCAAAGGUGUUAACAUUUCGUUUUUCUUCCCAUUUGUAAUUAACAGUAAUGAUUUUUUUUAAUGUAACUUUUAUAAUUUAUUAUUCUAUAUUUUGUUUGUCUCAAACUUAUGACGUUAUACAUAGUCACAUAGGUGAUUAAACCAUGAAGGUCAUACAGUGUUCUAGAACCUUUAUGGUGUAAACUAAUCCCUUGUCAGGAUCCUGUUGGCCGUUAAACAUCCUUUUUAAAACUGUGUAUAUAGUUUAUUCACUAAACACCAUAUUACAGUGAAUUGGAAGCCAAGUUUAAAUCUAAAUUGUAAAUUCAAGCUAAAAUAGCCACACCAUGACUAUAUCUGAAUUCGAAAUCUUCUUUAUUGGUCUAAAUUUUGCAAUUCACAUUCUAAUGUAUUACAAUUCAGAGUUUAUUGCAUAAAUUCCUACUUUUAUUUUUCUUCUAGCAAUGUUAAAUAAAUGUAAUUCAUUAACUGAUCUUUUUUUCUAAUCACAGGUAGUCAAUGUGUCGUUUUCAUUUGAACUUAUGCAAGAUGGAGGUUUGGAAAAGCCUAAACCAAGGCCGGAAGGUACCUGUCCUGUCCAUUACAAAUCACUGACUGUAUGUGCAGCCUGUUUAUAAUCUAAUGGAGGGCAGGAGUGAGUUGGGAUUAAUUGGAUGAUCUGUGAUUUUUUUUUUUCUUUUUGUAUAUUAAAAUUCUCAUUAUAAGCUUUUCUUUCUUUUCUGUGAAUGUGUUCUAUUCGGACAUAGCAUUAUAAAGCUGUUUCUAAAUGUUUUGACAAAAUAUUAGGAAAUGUCACUAAAAUGACAGAUUCAUUCUAAGGUGACAUUAUUCAUUAAUAUGUUCUACUAUAAAAAAGUUUUCUUCUUUUCACAGAUAUUGUCAACUGUGAUUUGAAGUCCACGUUGAGAGUCCUGUACAACUUGUUUACUAAAUAUCGAAGCGUGGAUUAAGGCGAGGUGGCGGCACCGUGACGCAGAUUCCAAGAAUGGCAAUUUCCGAUCGCUACGUUACUUUAUAUUAACUUAAAAAGGGAACAUUUAUUUGUCUUAUUUUAUUUUACAUUUUAAAACAUGUGUUCUGUUUUAUGUUGCACCUGAAUUUAAACUGCCCAACCACAUUUUAACAUUCCCUCUAUUGCAGAGCAGCCGCUCCUUUGAAAAUAUUAUUGAAUAUGACUUGGGGUCAAUUUAUAGGCUAAUCACGCACUGGUUUUUGUUAGUACUUUUUCACUGAAAUACUCCUAGUGACUCCUAAAAGAGAAUUAAUCCCAUCUUUUCUGCUUAUUCCGAGUACCUUCCUACUGUGAUCUCUCUGUGACGGGGUAGCUCCUCAUGCCAUAAUAAUUGCAAUAAAUGUAAGUUUUUAUUGUGCUUGGAUUGUCCCUUUAACCUAAUGGCACUGUAAUGAGCAAUGAUGUAAUGACAAUUGCCUUCUGAAUUUGUCGUUUUCGUGGUUUUAUUUCAAGAAUAACUGGCUUUUUUAUUAUUCAUUAUCCCUUAAUACUAGGUAUAUUCUUCACCCUGAAUGUUAGUUUAUUUCCUGACAGCCUUUACAGACCUGCAAAUGCAAGCAGGGGACUCAAACAACAUUUAAAGCACAGACCAAAUAUCAGCUCUGCGGAAUAUGUUGGCGCUAUAUACGUAAUUGCAUAUAUAACCAUGUCUUCAUAAGCAGAUGAAAGUCUAAUUGGAUUCCUCUUUCACUACAUUCCCGUGGGAUGUAGUCCAUUCCGCCUAAGAUGAGACUAGUUUAGUAAGAACAGAUUUUAACUCAAGGGAGAUGAUGAUCUUUCCUAACAAGAGCUGUAAGUACCCUGUGAGUUUUUAAACCACCGUGGCUUGGACAGAGAUUGAGAAAUAAUUACUCCUUCUUUAUUGUAUCUAGCUAUCAUACCUAGUUAUGUAGUGUCAGAGUUUAUCAGUAGUACACUCACAGCACUCCCACUACCCCAGGGAUAAUCUGUCUUUGCUAAGUCUUGUGUAGGUUUUUGCAGGAUAUAGUUAAAACUAUAAGCAAAUCAUGUCCAUUAGCUUAUAUAAUCAUUCAUUUAAUUAUCUUAGCUACUUAAUGUGUGACUGAGAGAUUUAGAGAGAUCAUUCAGGGAUUUCAUUGCAAGCCAUAUUAUCAACUAAAAAUGGUGCUAUAUUUAUACAAUAGGAUAUGGACUAUGUUAUAUAUAUGCCUAUCAGUUAAAGGGGCCGAUCAGGUUUUCAAUCCCUAACAUAUUAAUUUCUUUAUUUCCCAGUAAGACUGCCACCAUGCAAUGCGGGAUCUUUAAUCAUAGGGCAGUACGUCUGAAAUUAGUGGGAGCUAGCCCUCCAUCUUGCUGAAAUAAUGGUGGCAGAUGCCACCUGGGAGUGCAGUUCUCACAAAUCUCAUACAAACUUGGACAUGAAUUAUUAAACCCUAAAAGUAACACUAACCUUAGACCUAGAAACCAUGUAAUGUACAUGCUGUAGCAUGUAUUAGGGUAAACAGUGCCCCUCAGUCCUUAAAUCCUCUCUAGAACCCCUCAAUGGCAAUAUCUCCCCAUAAUUCACGGCUCUCUAAUAUGUAUACUAUAGUAUACACCCCAUUAAUAGGUAAUAAUUACAUGUAGACCCCAGAACAUACUUGGAAAUUAGUGACAUUCUUAAUGUCCGAGUUAAAAAUAUGCUAUUAUCAUUAUAUUAUGCCACAACUGGACUCUGCAAUAUUCCUGCCCGUAUAAUAUGUCACGUAUUCUUCUAAUGUAUCCUAACACAUUGCACUUUUAUUUAUUCCUCACACUCUGUCUGAUGGAUUUUAAGUUCCAGUAGAAUUCUAUAAAUACACCACACGCAUGUUAUGGAAAUCAAAUCUGAUUGGCACGAAUUGUAUUUGACACUAUCCACAGCUACACUUUUCGUCUAGUCAGCGCAGGUUAGGCAAACAGUGAUAAGUGGAGUUUAUUUAGAAAUACUGCCCUAUACUUCGAAGUAAAAUGGAAACACUUGUUUAUAAAUACACUGGGCAAACUGACGCUUUCUUUUUAACCUGGUAACCUAUGAUUCUCCCAGGUAAGCCAUCUAGCAGUGAUUCUUGGCCGUACACACUACAUUCCCCACAAUGCUUAGCCAGCCUGUUGUUUUAAAAGUACAUAUUCCAUGAAGCACAGCCUGAGGUUCAUGGGAAAUGUCAUUCAUAAAUAUCUAGAGCAGCAAGGUUAGCCAGCCAUCACUGCCAUGCUACAAGUAUAUAGCCUAAGCUUGUGUCAUUCCAAAUCCUUUCUCAAAAAAGGCUGCAAAUGAAGAAUGUUCCUUAAAUCUCUACACUGCCUGUUUGCAUUCUCUUCAUCAUUCUGUGAUCUCCAGUUACAAAUUUAUUUGCAUUUACAUACAAAUAUAUAUAUAUUUUUUGCUAUUAUCAAAGCGAACAGUAAUAUAAAAUGUUAUCUUUUUUAUUGUAUUGCCAAGUAUGCCUUUUCACUGAAAAUAAAGAGCUCUAUUCAUUGAUAAAAACA